CUCUGGAAAGUUUUGUUUUGGAUGCAGGAAGUAAUCUUAUCCCACAACGUGAAUCUCCAAUCCAAGAUGAAUCAUAUCGACAGCAAUUGAUUGGUCUGCGUGGUAUUUUGUGUGGAUUAUCUGAUCUCAAAGCUCCUGGUGAGUAA